AUGCCUAAUUCUACCGGACUUGACUUCGUGCCCACGACACACCAUGAUACGUAUCCCGCUAUCGACCCUAAUAAAGCCGACCUCUCAGGCAAGGUCGUUCUCGUCACAGGUGCAUCGAGAGGGAUCGGCAGGGCGACUGCGAUUGCGUUCACCCAGGCGGGUGCCUCUGGACUAGUGCUCCUCGCCCGUAGCAACAUGAGCGCGGUAGAGACGGAGUGUCUGGCCGUGCGGCGUCCCGGACGCCAGAUCAAGCUGCUUCUACUCUCAGUCGACAUCAGGGACCCAGCACAGGUCAUCGAGGCUGCCAGACAGGUGGAGGAGACAUUCGGGCGACUGGAUGCCAUAGUCAACAAUGCCGGCUACAUGGAGACAUCCAAGCCGAUGGCGGAGAGUGACCCUUACGACUGGUGGAAAGUCUGGGAGGUCAAUAUACGUGGGGUGUACAAUAUGUCACACGCCUUCAUCCCCUUGCUCAUUGAAUGUGGAGGCGACAAGCUCAUCGUGAAUAUGUCAAGCGGAAUGGCUCACUUGAUAUGGGCGGGUAGCUCCGCUUACCAGGUAUUGUCCCAUCUUCUCUUCCUUUCCAUGCAUCUAACCCGCACUGGCAAGACAACCAAGUUUGCCCUGCUCCGCAUUACCGAGUCGAUUAUGGCAGACUACGGCACCCAAGGCGUCCUGGCAUUUGCAUUACAUCCUUGCAUUACGCCGACCGAGCUGAAUGCUAAAUGGGCGCCAGAAGUCCGGAAGAUGUGCAUUGACACUCCCGAGCUCGGCGCUCAUACUGUCGUUUGGCUCAUGCGCGGGCGGAGAGACUGGUUGGGUGGUCGCUAUAUUAGUGCCAAUUGGGAUGUGGACGAGCUGUUGGCAAAGAGGCAGGAGAUCGUUGACGGGGAUAAGCUGAAGAUGAGGAUGGUUCUGUGA